GCGGCAAUACUGGCGACGGCGCCUGAGCUGAGUUGUCAAAAAGUUGGCAUUUCUUCCAUCUGUUUUAUUUUGCUGAAAUCUAUUUCUAUACACUAUAGAACGAGAAUGUAACAUAAUUUGAUUUGUGCCGUAAUAUUUGUGUUUCUAAUUACUUACGAAAACUUAAUUUUAGUGACAAUCUUAUUGGAAAGAUUUAAAAAAUAUUAAAUGAGAACUUAAUUUUGCGCGAUGUAAAAAUUUUCAAUUUCAAGUUAUUAUUUAAGUUGAGAUAUAAAGAACUAUCGUUUGGGUAGUAAUAAACUGCAAUUGUGAUUGUUAUGUUAAUGGUGACAUAAUGGUGUAAUCGUUAUUGGUUUCAUUGUGAAUUUGUAUAAAAAUAUAAUAAUGGACAACAACAUGGAUUCUCCGACAGCUGAAAGUCCUCUGCCGGAACUUGAAGUUCACGACUGUGAGACUGACUACUCAAGUAUUCGAGGAAAGAUGAUACUUGUGAGUCCAACAGCUGAUGAGUAUGAUUUGCUACGCAAACAAUUAUUAGAGAGGCUAGACACGGGAAAUGGUGAAAUUAUUUACGACAUUGGCCAUGGAGAGGAUGGUCGGGGGUUAACAGAGGAUGAAUACAGCGCGUCAGUGGCGACGCUACAGUCUCUGGUGAGCGGGGAGCGCAUAUCGUGCGUCGAGCUGCGGCGCUGGGAGUGCGGCACCGGUCUCACCGGCCAGUAUCUGCUACGCACAGAAGUAGACCAUAAUGAUUUUAUGGAAAUAAGGGUCGCCGUAGUGGGCAAUGUAGAUGCCGGUAAGUCCACCCUGCUGGGAGUGCUGACACACGGCGAACUUGACAAUGGAAGAGGCUACGCUCGACAGAGGCUGUUCAGACACAAGCACGAGGCUGAGAGCGGGAGGACCAGCUCCGUCGGGAAUGACAUAUUAGGGUUCGACAGCCUGGGUAAUGUGGUGAACAAGCCCGAGCACGGCGCGCUGGACUGGGUGAAGAUCUGCGAGAAGUCGUCCAAGGUCAUCACGUUCAUCGACCUGGCGGGACACGAGCGGUACCUCAAGACCACCGUCUUCGGCAUGACGGGACACGCGCCGGACUUCGGCAUGCUUAUGAUCGGCGCGAACGCCGGCAUCGUGGGCAUGACGAAGGAGCACCUGGGGCUGGCGCUGGCGCUGGCCGUGCCCGUCUUCGUGGUCGUCACCAAGAUCGACAUGUGCCCCCCCAACGUGCUACAGGAUAAUCUCAAAUUACUAAUCAGGAUUCUGAAGUCCUCCGGAUGUCGCAAGGUGCCGGUGAUGGUGAAGACUAGAGAUGACGUUAUCGUUAGUGCAACCAAUUUUGUGUCUCAAAGACUGUGUCCCAUCUUCCAAGUGUCCAACGUGACUGGAGAAAAUCUAGAAAUGCUGACGAUGUUCCUGAACCUUCUGAAGACCCGGAUGCCCUCUCAGGACGACAAACCCGCCGAGUUUCAGAUCGACGACACGUACUCCGUCCCCGGCGUCGGCACGGUGGUGUCGGGCACGACGCUGGCGGGGCUCAUCCGGCUCAACGACACGCUGCUGCUGGGGCCCGACCCGCUGGGCCGCUUCACGCCCAUCACCGUCAAGAGCAUCCACCGCAAGCGCAUGAGCGUGGCCGAGGUGCGCGGCGGGCAGACCGCCAGCUUCGCGCUCAAGAAGAUCAAGAGGUCUCAGAUCCGCAAGGGCAUGGUGAUGGUGUCUCCGGCUCUCAACCCACAGGCUUGCUGGCAGUUCGAGGGGGAGAUCCUGGUGUUACACCACCCGACCACUAUCUCCUCGCGAUACCAGGCCAUGGUGCACUGCGGCAGCAUCCGUCAGACGGCAUCUAUCCUGUCCAUGUCGCGAGAGUGUCUGCGCACGGGAGACAAGGCACUCGUUCGCUUCCGCUUCAUCAAACACCCCGAGUAUCUCAAGUGUGGCCAGCGCAUGGUGUUCCGCGAGGGCCGCACCAAGGCCGUGGGCAACGUGCUGCGGCCCGAGCCCGCCGCCGCGCCGCGCGCGCCGCCCGUGCGCCCCGCGCGCGCCCCCCGCGCGCCCGCCGCGCCGCCCGCCGCGCCCGCGCACGCCCCGCCGCCGCCCGCGACGCAGGAGAGCGACGUGACGGCGGUGGACUCCCCGUUCGAGGUGCAGACGGACAAGCGCGCGCCGGCGCGGCGCCGCAAGCGGCACGACAAGCCCGCGCCGCCCGCGCUCGCCGCCAACUGAGCGCGCUGCACUCCACCAUAAACAGCUCGCAGCUCCGAAACCUCUUACUGUCCCUGCGAACCGUACUCGAAGUACUUUGUUCAAUAGUAAACUUAAGCCUACAUCGACAUAAUCGAUGCCAAAAAUUUCCGUUU